AGGUGUCCGUUGAUUCACAGGUGCUCCGUUGGGCUGAGCGAGUUGUGUUUCGUGUUUCAGCAGCGUUUCAGUUUCAGUCGGCCAGUGGCGCGUGUAGACUGUGUGUGUUGUUUACUCUGUGUCGCGUUGCUCUUUUUCGUCAAGGGAAUAUUUUUAUUGGAGGGCAAAAAACUUUGAUUGAAUCCAGAGGACAAUGGGCCGAUCAGAGUACCAGCACACCGGUUCUAAAUGCCGGGAAAGGUGAUGUUUCCUCGCCGGAAAGUGUUAGUUGUGUUUAUGGCAUAAGUUUUUCUUUCGAGAAGUCGCAGGAGCGGCGAAGGAAAUUCUAGUGGGAUAUUAUUAUGCUAAUCACGGCGUGGUCAGAAUGCGAGAGGAAGAGCUCGAGAUAUCCCUCAAGGUGGUAAUAGUGGGAAAUGGUGCUGUGGGGAAAUCUUCCAUGAUCCAAAGAUUUUGUAAAGGAACUUACACGAGGGACUACAAAAAAACAAUAGGAGUCGACUUUCUCGAACGAGAGAUAGAGGUUGAUGGCGAGGACGUUCGAUUGAUGCUCUGGGACACUGCAGGUCAAGAAGAAUUCGAUGCAAUUACUGCUGCCUAUUACCGAGGGGCUCACGCUUGUGUGUUGGCUUAUUCAGCCACAGACAGAGAUUCCUUCGAUGCCAUUCCAUCCUGGAAGUUAAAGGUAGAAAACGAGUGUGGUGAAAUUCCAACUGUCUUGGUGCAGAACAAGAUGGACCUCGUCGAUCAAUGCGUCAUCGAUCCAGAUGAGGCAGAAAGACUUGGUCGAGCUUUAGGCUGCAAACUUCUGAGAACUUCCGUCAAAGAAGACGUUGGAGUGAUGAACGUCUUUAGGCAUUUGGCGACUCGUUGUCUUCUGGAAAUGCGUCGAAAUGAAGAAGAUGAUGAUUUCCGGAUGUACUCUUCAGGACCAAGAACACCUUCCGUUAUAAGUGCUUUUAGUCCUAAUGGGUCAACAGGAGGACGUAGUGCCGGAAACGGAACGAUAGUUUUGCGACCUAGUGGAAAAGUGCGUAGUCAGAAGAAGAAAAAUUUCGUCAAGAAUUCGUGUAGACUGUUAUAGUUAAUCAGUAAUCACCAAUAAAUACUGAAUCUCGCAUCGAUGAGAGAAAAGAGUGAAUGAUGAAAACUGAAAAGUCAAACUGAUUGCUGUAUCAGUCGCAGCGAACGAGGCUUUAAAGGUUUAAUAACAGGGUGAGGUAAUAUAUUUUAAUAAUAACACACAAGGGUGCCUUUUUCCAAAACAACGGAUUUUUAUAUACGUUGUUGCUCAGACUUAUACAACGAGCUAUCUGUAAAUAUGUAAUUUAAUGAAUAUCCCUAGGAUUUAUUUUCGCCGAAAGCGAUUUUUUUAAUUAUUAUGAAAAUUAUUAGAUAUUGUUUUUACAACUUUUCUCGCAUCUCCGGUUCGACUGUUUGCGUUUUCUAGAAUGCACGAGAGUAUGGAUUACAUAUUUCGAAAAUGGAUGAAUCUCAGCCCAAGUGUGAGAAUAUUAUAGGAUUAUUUAUAUACCGGAAUGCGAGCGAGAUUAUUAACCAAAUAUAUUAAGGUAUUUAUAUGAAAGAUCCGAAUUUACGCAACAAAAUGUGAAAAAAGAGAUUGCCGAAUAAAAAUUAAUUUAUAAGGUUCUUGAA